AGCAUCCAAUCCAGCCCAAAGGAAAAUAUAAUAAAGAGCCGCCCUUGUCCUCCUCCUCCUCUUCUUCUCUCCUCUUUCCCUUCACCUUCCUCUCCACGGACCGGAACGCGCCAUGACGAGCUCCUCCACGCCGUCCCGCAAGGCGCUGAGCAAGAUCGCCUGCAACCGGCUGCAGAAGGAGCUCGCCGAGUGGCAGGUCGGCCCGCCCGCCGGCUUCAAGUACAAGGUCUCCGACAACCUCCAGAGAUGGGUGAUCGAGGUGGGCGGGGCGGAGGGCACGCUCUACGCCGGCGAGACGUACCAGCUGCAGGUCGACUUCCCCGAGCAUUACCCCAUGGAGGCACCUCAGGUCAUUUUCCUCAACCCGGCGCCGAUGCACCCGCACAUUUACAGCAACGGGCACAUCUGCUUAGAUAUACUGUAUGACUCGUGGUCGCCUGCGAUGACUCAACGCCCGGCGGACAAUGACCGCUACGUUAGGAACUGCCGCAACGGGAGGUCGCCGAAGGAGACCCGAUGGUGGUUUCACGACGACAAAGUAGUUCGGUUUGCUCAAGAUUCAGAAUAUUUUAUCAAGUUACUAACUGACUGGUUAUUAACUGAGCUUGAUUUACUAAGAUUCAUGCAUGGGAGCGAACUGGAUUUAUUCUCAAUUGGGUCGCAAUUGCAAAGGAUACUGCGAAUUGCAGCCGAAGAGUUGCUAUUCUGGGUACUCUUCUUCAGCUCCGGCUUUGAAAGUUCAGAGUUCGAACAUAAAGCUGCUGCAGCCGAAUGUGCAACGACAACUCGAGCUAUGAAGGCCAUUGCUAAUGCGAUUGCUGCCCUCUGCAAGGUGGCCGAGGUGCCUCGGGACCAGCCUGAUGCACAGAUCAAGCCCUGGGCAGGAGAAGUGAGAGAAUUGUUAUACGACAUGGAGGACUACGCUGACGAUUUUAUGUUGCGCAAGAUGGAGAAUGAAGACUGA